AUGCGUCGUGCGAUCGGUGAGCACUCCGCCGACGGCAAGCUACUGGAGGAGAUGGCUUACACGCUGAACGCCCCGAUGGAAGACGGCACAACUGCAGAAUUCGCUCGGGUGCAAAUCACCCCCACGAGAGGCGGAAGGGGCACCCUGCUCGCGUUUGCGCAAGAAUGGAAAACGGGUGCUCUCAACAACAGCCACUUGCUUCUCCACAGCAAGAAACCCGACGUCGUUAACAACGCGGGAGGCUUUGGAGAGGGCUUCAAAGUGGCUGCGAACAGCCUGCUCGCUCGAUUCCCCAAUUCUUCUGCGGAGCCGUGCAAUAUACUGAUGGUAAUGAACGGCCGAACUUGGCGGUUCUGCUACAGGAACUUCGAGACAGAUGGUACCGUGGCCUCAUCCGAAAAGAUCGACCAAUUAGUUGUGGACGAAUAUUCUACGAAGGUCUACGGUGGUAUGGUCGUGUUUGUCGAGAUACCGAUGUCAGCCACUUCUAUUGAACGCAUCUGGAACCCAGAGCACUACGUCCCUACCAUGUCUUUGGCCACCUGGACACCGUUGCUUCCGCCUGGAGCAUCGCCGGUGAUGUCCUACGUUCUGUUUUUGGAAGACUCCAACGCCCCGAGCAAGUUCUUCCAGCUGGGAAUCUACGUUGGGAGCGUGGACAACUCCAAGGGUGCCUUCUUCAACGAGGGUGGGAGCGUCAACAUUGGGCGGGAUCGGAGCAAAACCAGUGACGUACUCUCCAACAUUCGUACCGCAAUCGCGAAGAGGGUGAAACUCCUGCCGGCCGGGACCAGGGACGACGCCGUGAUGGAGCGCUUGAUGGUGAAUCCAGACGCUUUGGGGCAGGAGCCCAGGUGGUACGGAAGCCGGGUUCUGUACAAGAGCGUGGUUUCGUACGUCAGGAGUCGGGACAGAGUGCCGGACACCACAGAGAUUUUCCUCGUUGGCGCUGAAAUCGCCAGAGAAGUGACGGAACGCCUCAGAGGUGCCCAGGUAAACGCGCACGUGGUAAGCGCUGAGAAGGAGCUUUGGACGUACGAAUCGAACGAACAAGUGAGCAAGGUGCUCAUGACGAAGACAUUUGCCGAGCUCUCUGAUUCUCAAAGGCAGCAUUUUCAAGUGGAGCUUCAAAUCUUGGCCACGAUUUCACCAUCUCGGUGCGUCUGGGUGCUCGGAAAGUGGCCUGGGACCUAUUUCCAGGCGUACAUGGGGCAGAGCAAGCGGUACUUUCACGACACGGUCUCGAACCGCUACCUCGUUCCGGCCGUACUGUUGAAAGAUCAGGCAUUCUGGCCUGGCCUCUGCAUGGAUGCGUGGACCCUAUCAAAACUAGAUCCGUACAUUUUGAUGCAACGGGUUGGCUCCGACCACAGCAUCCUGCACGACCCCAACCGCGUGAGAACGAUGGUAACAAAGGCAAGAGAGCAAGCUGCAUCAGGGAACGGUUUGCUCGUCGGGGCUGAUUCUAACCGUUACGCUUCGCCAGAGGGUGCGGUUGAGCCACCGCCUCCAAGGGCAAUUUUCGGCGGCAACUCAGACAGGCCGCCCAACAGUGAUUCGGGCGGAUCGGCCGUCUACCCACCCAAUGGUCAACCGCCCUCCGUGGGUGGACCUGCAGUUCGACCAAGACGAGGCAUGGCCGAUCAGCCCCAGUGGUUCCCACCACCAACCCUGAAGGACCCGUCGGGACUGAGCAUCGGAGGCCAGUCUGGGCGGUCAAACGACAUUGUCGACUCAGUUGAUGAAGACGAAGAGACGAGGCUCAAGCCAGGGCCGCUUCGGUGUGACCUAGGCGUCGAACUGUUUGUGGCGCAUGGUGUUUCGGACCUAGAGGCCUCCCGGUUCUAUGAUCGCUUCAUGACUACCCCCGGUGUGAUAGACGCCCUGCACACUAUAUUUUUGACGGCCAGGUCUUUCCAUUUUUCUU